AUGUCUUCAACUGCCGCGGUUGUCCCUGGUGUGACUUAUCACUUACCAAAAGCGGUUGAAGGUUCUUAUAACCACAUCAAUUCUGAACGCGAUCACACGCACAAACGCUUUUUCAGCAAGGAAGCGGAUAGCGAAAAUGUUACUGCUGACGGAUGUACAAAUGUCCAGUCUCCAAAUUUUGCUUCUGCAAGUUUUGAUGCCGCCCUUAGAAACUCCUUGAGACCCCUACUGCAUGACAAGUCAUCCCCUUUCGACUCUCACUAUCCCGACGCUUGUCCAAAGUUCCUCCAGCGCACCCUUUCAUUCCGCGAGUCAGAUGCCCCACCGUUAGAUACAAUAAUUCGACAACGCAUUCAAUCCCUCCCGAGGCAUCUAAUACUUACUGAUACAGAUAAUCAAAAAUCUAAGAAACCAACGAGAAAUGACCCGGUCCUUUGUGAUGACUCAGAAUUGGAACGCCUAUGCCGAGCUGGAUGUCAAUAUAUUCCACGGCAUCCCUUGGGUUUAGGAAAUGCCGGUAACACCUGCUAUCUGAAUUCUGUCCUCCAAUGCCUUCUUGCAACCGGACCACUUCUGGCCUACAUAACCACGAAACACUCUAGCCCAAACACAUGUACUGUUGCCACGGGCCAGGCUGCAAAUCUUCAGUCGGGGCUAAAUAAGAGCCGCUUUUGCGGACUAUGUGCUUUGAUGCGGCUACUGAAGGAGCACUCACAACGCUCGCAGUCAAGUGGUGCAACCAAUUAUGCUUGUUCGCUGGGCGGCCAGAUCGUUCCCUCAUACUUCGUUGGCAACGUCCGGGCCGUUUGCCCAAACUUUCAUCCUUACCAACAAGAAGACGCCCAUGAAUUUCUACUUGGGAUGCUGUCACGAAUGGAGGACUGUGCAAUGGCGGAGAUGGGUAAACUGUCCAGAAACGUGGCGGAAACCAACGCAAUCCGCCGCAUUUUCGGUGGUGUUAUUCGUUCGGAAGUUACUUGCCAUUCUUGUCGAAAGGUGUCAACCGUGAACGAAAUGUGUUUCAACCUCUCCGUGGAUAUCACGUGCGGGCGUAGCCUGCAGCAAUGUCUUUCCAAUUACAUCCGCUCUGAGGAACUGUGUGGUCAGAACGCCUACAAAUGUGAGAACUCACUACAAAAGAACACGUAUGACCACCUUAAUGUGAGCCAAAUUCCCCUCCCACCUUCUACUCCGCUGCUUGCAAGCAAACAAGCCACCGAUAAACCAUCAAUCACUCCUUUCACUGUUCGAAAACCGCCGCCGUCCUUUCUACCACGGAUUGUUAUCAAUUCAGAUCGUUCUCGUUCAUCUUUUAACGCCAUGCGCUCACCAAGUACUGAGUCCCAAAAGCGUCCUACAACUGGCACGGAACCUUGCGCGUCUUCGACUCCCAAUGUUGUUGACAUCACCACUACCACCACCUCCACAGUUGCGUCUGCGUAUGAUCCGGUUAACCAUGUUGGCAAUACGGCCUCAUCCUCCUCUGCUCUUCACCAGUUACUGUAUCGUGACGUCUACUCAACCACUUCAUGGGAGGAGCGAUCUCCUCCAAAGUGUAACUCCAAACAAGAAGGUCCUUCUGCAACUGAUCCUGGUCCCAACUCGACGUCUCCUUUUACUGAGUUCCGGAAGUCUAUCCCUAACAAGCGCAAACUCUCACCCAGUCCGUCUGGUGAGUGUUUAGCAAAGCGUUCUUCCGCAAGCACGUCAUCCGUUUAUUAUUCACCCGAUAAGCACGGCCAUGCCCCUAACAUAGACAAUGCCACCUCCUCUAGCUCUGCGAAGCUCACUGCCACAUCGUCUGGGGACGAUUCGGACUCUAGCAUCGUAUGGGUUCCUGCCAAUCAUCUUGCCUCCUCCGUAGUACAGAAGAAAGAUGCCCAUCGCCGAAAGAAAAAGCAAAAAAUACAUUCGAGGUUCCUUCCUGAAUCACAGAUCAACCAGUAUCCGGAGGUCAACGGUGAACGCCAUCAUCGGUGCCGUCACCACCGCAGACGUCAUAAGAAACGCGGUCACAAACGACAUCGUCAUUCGGGUGAACAUCGCGAACUCAACCGGUACGGUGCCUCCGAGCACGAUCGUUCUCACUACAAGUUUCACAAACUUCACAGAUGAGUCCAUGGAGCCACAUUUGCAGUUUCAAUGUG